AUGAUGCCUCGUCUCUCCUUCUUCCUCGGUCUCAUGACCAUCGCCGCUGCCGCCCCGAUCACCGAGGACUCUGAAGUCCGCGCUGCUCAGCGCAUCACCGAGUUUUCGAAGCAGUACCAGCAAAACACCAUAUCUGCCAUCAGCAACAGCACGAAUGGAUGCACCCCUGAGAACAUCCGCCGCCGCAAGGAAUGGCCGGCCCUCACCGACGACGAGAGAAGAUCUUUCAUCGCCUCCCUCCACUGCAUCAACACCCUCCCCGCCAAGACGUCGCCCUACCACGCCCCCGGCGCCCGCACGCGCUACGACGACUACAUCAUCACCCACAUCGACGCGACCGACUUCGUGCACGCCUCGGGCCUCUUCCUGCCCUUCCACCGCCACCUGCUGCACCUCUUCGAGCACGACCUGCGCUCGCUCUGCGGCUACGCGGGCCCCAUGCCCUACUGGGACUGGACCAAGUCCUACCUGGACCCGCGCAAGGCCGAGGUGUUUGACGGCUCCGACUUGAGCCUGGGCGGCAACGGGCUCUACAUCCCCGGACGGAAGGCGACCACGAUCGAGCUGCCCGGCGGCUUCUCCCUGGACAUCCCGCCUGCCACGGGCGGCGGCUGCGUGACCGCCGGUCCAUUUGCGGCGGGCAAGUGGGAGAUUAGGCUCGGCCCUGUGGGCUUCCAUCCGCAGGGGCCGAAUGGUGGGCGGGGGUACAACCCGCGCUGUCUGACGCGUGAUCUCAGUCCGAGCUUCAGCAGGGGCACGCGGCCCUCGGCGGUUACCGAGCUGAUGGACGUGUGCGGCGAUGAUCUGGGCUGUGUCAACAUGGAGAUGGACGCCCCCGGCGGCGUGCCCGGCGGCAUCCAUGCGAGCGGGCACUGGCAGAUCGGGCUCGACGGGCUGGAUGUCUACGCCAGCCCCAGCGAUCCCGCCUUCUGGCUGCACCAUGCGCAGCUCGACCGCGUGUGGACCAUGUGGCAGGGUCAGAAUCUCACCAAGAGGACGUACCAGGUUUGGGGAACGAUGACGGCCGCGAAUGUUCCUGCUAGUCCUAACGUCACCCUCGACACGAUGGUGGAGUUUGGCAUUCUCGAUUCACCGAAGCCGAUUCGGGAGCUUGUCUCGCCCGUCGGAGGGAAGUAUUGCUAUAUCUACGAGUGAAGGAAAUUCUGAUUUGCGGCGUUUUGACGCAAGGAAAAGGGACUAGAUGGUGGCGACAUGUGGAAAGAUGAAUGGAUGGACAGAACGGUGGAUUU